AUGGUCCAACUCGCCCACAUCUUCAAAAAGGAUAAGGCGAAGACCAAGGAGAAAGACCACACAACCGAACCCCCCGAGUCCGACUCACCCGUACCGACUUCGUCGUCGCCAACAUUCUCCACCACCCGCAAAUCUCCCACUAAGUCGUCACCUUCCAAGUCCUCUCGCUUCCACCACUCCCGCUCCUCCUCCGCCACCUCCACCAACUCUGCCUUUCGAUUCGGCCGAGCCUCUCGCGACCAGGACCUUCACCCACUCAACCUUCCGCCCGACGAGCUGCGUCGGAGACUCUCCGCCAUGGCGGCAUCCCGAGACGACCAACGGAGCUCCAUGGACAUCGAUUCCCAGGAGACUCAGAAGAAGAUGAACGGUGUCAACGGCGACCAGCAGGAGCGCAGUCCGACGCCGCCACCGCACAAGUCCACCGCUGCAUCCACCGAUGAGGCCGACUCGUUUAAGUUGGCCGGGAACAAAUUUUUCAAGGAUGGCGACUACACACGCGCAAUCCAGGAAUACAACAAGGCUAUCGAGAUCAACCCCAACUCGUCGGCCUACUUGUCCAACCGAGCUGCUGCCCACAUGUCCGCGAAGCAGUUCCUCAAUGCGCUCGAAGACAUCGAGCGGGCCAACGAACUCGACCCCAAUAACCCUAAGAUCUUGCACCGAUGGGCUAAGAUUCUGACGAAUCUGGGGCGGCCCGCCGAGGCUCUGGAUGUGCUGUCGCGUGUGCAGCCUCCCGCGACGGCGACCGACCGGGCGGCCGCGGAGAAGAUGCUGCGGUUUAUCACACAAGCCGAGGAGACGCUGGCAGAGGACCGCGGGGUCUCGAUGGUGAUUUUCUGUAUAGACCAAGCGCGCCAAGGGCUGGGUGCGGGUGUCAAGGAACCGCGCAAGUGGACACUGUUGGCGGCUGAGGCGCAGCUGAAGAUGAACAACAGCAACUCGCUGGGCAAGGCGCAAGACAUUGCCAUCGGGCUGCUGCGCGAGAACAGCCAGGACCCGGAUGCGAUGAUGAUCCGCGCGCGGGCAUUUUAUGCGUCCGGUGAGACCGAGCAGGCCGGGAAGCUGCUGAAGAUGUGUCUCGGGCUGGACCCGGACAUGAAGCAGGCGGUUAAGCUGCUGCGCAUUGUGCAGAAGCUCAGCCGUACCAAGGAGGAAGGAAACGCUGCGUUCAAGGCUAAGGAUUAUCGCCGUGCCAUUGACUUGUACGGCCAGGCACUGGAGGUUGACCCGGCCAAUAAGGACAUGAACGCCAAGAUCCUGCAGAACCGCGCCCAGGCAUACAUCAACCUGAAGGAGUAUGAUUCGGCGGUGCAGGACUGCAGUGAGGCCCUGCGCCUUGACCCGGGAUACGUCAAGGCCCUGAAGAUGCGCGCCAAGGCCCACGGCGGUGCUGGGAACUGGGAGGAGGCUGUUCGCGACUACAAGAGCGUAGCCGAGAACAACCCAGGCGAGAAGGGUAUUCAAGAAGAAAUCCGCCGCGCCGAGUUUGAGCUGAAGAAGGCUCAACGCAAGGACUACUAUAAGAUCCUGGGCGUCAGCAAGGAUGCCUCAGACCACGAGAUCAAGAAGGCAUACCGCAAGAUGGCCAUCGUAUACCACCCGGACAAGAACCGGGAUGACCCGCAGGGCGAUGAGAAGUUCAAGGAGAUCGGCGAGGCAUACGAGACGCUGAUUGAUUCUCAGAAACGUGCCGCAUAUGACAAUGGCGACGACCUCAUUGACCCGGCCGACAUGUUUGGCGGCGGUGGCUUCGGCGGUAUGGGCGGCAUGGGCGGCAUGGGCGGAAUGGGAGGCAUGGGUGGUAUGGGCGGCAUGAACGGCACGCACAUCAACAUCGAUCCCAACAUCCUCUUCAACAUGAUGAACGGCGGUGGAGGUGGCGGCUUCGCUUCCGCCGGCGGCCAUCCAUUCGGAGGUGGCCAACAACAGCGGGGCGGGUACCCAGGCGGCUUUCCCUUCUAG